CCUGCGAAAGCCAAGCCAAGGCGGAGGGGUGGGGGACAGGCAGAGAGCAGAGCCAGGCGGGCUCCGGCCAUGCCCCAGCCCCGCUGCCCGCCCGCUGCGGUGCCCCCGGGCAGGUAGAGCCAGGUGGGCACCGGGGCAUCUCCCGCCAUCCUACCCUGCUGGGACACCGAGAUCUGUCCUUCCUGCCGACCCCACGGCACCUGCACCUCCCUGGAGAAAUAAAUUUCAGAGGAGGCUUUGCGGCUCAGCCACCUUACCCCAAACUCCGGGCUGCUGCGAGCCGAGCGGAGGAAACUUUUUGCCAAACUUUUUGUGGUGUUUUCGCUUUGCUUUUUAACCCCUUGAGUGACUCUGCGCCAGCCGGGCGGGCUGGGGAGGCUCCUGAGGCAGAGCAGCGCUCCCCUCAGACACCCCGGGGAUUGGAGAAAAGGGGGGAAAGAAGGAAUUAAGGUGAUUGCAGAAAGGGGGUGAAGGAAAAACUGAGAACCUCGGGGCAGAAAGGAAGGCGAACACAACCCGCAGCCCCAGGAUGAAGCAGUGAAUGGAAAGAACAAUUUAACUGCAAUCAACAAGUGGCAACUCCUGCGCGCCUUGUCCUUCCCUCCCUCCCCGCUCCGGCUUUCCCAAACUUCUCGCUGCGAAGGAAAACUUGUCCGGCGGACUCGGCUGGCUCGGGACGCGCACCAGGACCGGCCCCGGGAUGCUGGCCCGGGCGAGCGCCCUGCUGGCCGUCUGUGCCCUUCAGGGGCUGCUGCUGCUGCACGGUCUCCCUGAGGAAGAGCUUUUUCAGAAACCAAAGCUGAGCAUUUCAAAGGACCACAUCGUCAUCUCACCAGGAGACACCCUAAAAAUCAAAUGCUGGGGAGCCCCGUCUGUGAGCUGGCAGCUGAGGGAGGACAACCCCCGGGUGCACGUGAGCGGCUGCCGCGAUGUCACCGGGCUGAGCUGCAGCCAGCUCGUCCUCAGGAGAGCCACGGCCAACGACACCGGGUACCUCAGCUGUGCCCUCAACAGCACCCCCGAGCACCAGGGGCUUGUGGCCAGGAUCUACGUCUUUGUCCAAGAUUACAGGAAUCCAUUUGUGGAGAUGCACUCGGAGCACCCUGAAAUCAUCUACAUUGUAGAUGAGAAGAAAACAGUGGUUGUCCCCUGCCGGGUCACCUCUCCAGACAUCAGACCCAAGCUCACCCAGUACCCUUCUUCUGUAGAGAUCAGCUUCAAGAGGAUGGUGUGGGACCCCAGGAGAGGCUUUGUCAUCCCCUCCCACUCCUUUGUGUACUCUGGGAUCCUCACCUGCUCGGCCCACGUCAACGGCAGCGUCUUCAACUCCUACUACCUGGCCCAGAGACUGGAGGGCAGAAUACAGAACCUGGCUCUGAGGGCAACCCCCAAAAAGCUGCUGGUUGGAGAAACUCUGCAUCUGGAGUGCAAAGCAGAGACCUUCAUCAACGGGCGCAUCGAGUUCAUCUGGACGUGUCCCCGUGGCAGACACCCUCACCCCAGAAGAGCGAUGGACCAGAGUGAUGUAGUGUACAAAGUCGGCAGCAGCCUGACAAUUGAAAAUGUCACCAUGGAAGAUGGGGGCCUGUACAUCUGCAGGACAUUCAAUGCCACCAGGCUGGAGGCCAAUGUCACUGUCACCGUGUAUGAAAAACCCUACAUCACGGUCUCACACAAGAAAGGGCCUUACUACGAGAUUACCUCAGGACACAAGUCCCUGAAGCUGGCUGCCAAGGUGGACGCCUUUCCUCGGCCGACUGUCACCUGGUACAAGGAUGGCAAACUGAUCAAGGACAACCACACCUGCUACGAGCCAGAUCCACUGAAAUACAGACUGGGAAUACGAGAUGUGAGGCCAAGACACGCUGGGAACUACACCAUCGUCCUGAGCAACCCCAAAUACGGCCUCUACAAGAACCUCACCAUGCAGCUGGUGGUGACAGAGAGACCCAAGAUCUAUGAAAAGGAAACAGAUUUUGAUAAGAUUGUGCGGGUGGAAUUGAGAAGCAAACACAAAAUCCAGUGCACAGCAAGCGGGAAUCCCGAGCCGAGGAUCGAGUGGAAGUGGCAGCCCUGCAACCUCACAGACACCCUGUGCAAUCCUGAGGGGCCAAAAGUUACGGUUCGGGAGAACACGGUCGUAGGAAACAAGAUCAGGAGCAUUGAGAACACCCCCAUGAGGCAGGGGGAUAAACCAAAGAUCGUGAGCACCCUCACCACGGAGAACAGCAGCGCCUCGGGGCUCUAUUACUGCGUGGCUUCCAACAAGGUGGGCGAGGAGGAGAGGAGCAUCGAGUUCUACGUGUCAGAUGUGCCCUCUGGGUUGCAAACAGCCUCCCAAGUGACGGCCAUCGUGGGGAAUGACGUGCAGCUGACCUGCCGGGCCUCCAAGUACAUCUACACCCACCUGGCCUGGUACUACCCCUCCUCAGAGCCGGCUCCCAGCCCCUCUGUGGUCAGGAAAAUGGACAAAUAUUCCAUCUCUUUGACCCUGCUCAUUCCCAAUGUCACGAGGGAGCAGAGUGGCCUCUACAGGUGCCGAGCCCAGAACCAGCACAACAGCACGGACACGCUGGAGCAGCACAGCCAGCUCCUGGUCAGAGAGAAGGCGGCGCCGUACGUGAUCCAGAACCUCACGGACCUGGAGGUCAACAUCAGCGGCAAGAUCCUGCUGGAGUGCAAGGUCAGUGGGACACCAGAGCCUCAGGUGACCUGGAGGAAGAACGGCUACCCCAUCUCAGCAGCCUCAGGAAUUUCCAUGGAAAACAACACUCUGGUGAUUGAGAGAGUGAAGAAGGACGACGAGGGGCUCUACGAGUGCCGGGCCUCCAACGACUUGGGCCAGGACAGCACAUCAGCCUUCAUCAAAAUCCAAGGUUCUGAGGAGAAAUCCAACAUCGAGGUGAUCAUUCUGGUGUGCACAGGGCUGGCUGCCACUCUCUUCUGGCUCCUCCUGACCCUCUUCAUUCGCAAACUGAGGAAGCCCGAUGCCACAGAUAUUAAAACAGGAUACCUGUCCAUUAUCAUGGAUCCAGAGGAGAUGCCCCUUGACGAGCAGUGUGACCGCCUGCCCUACGACAGCAGUAAAUGGGAGUUCCCCAGGGACAGGCUGCGCCUGGGUAAAACUCUGGGUCAUGGUGCUUUUGGGAAGGUGGUGGAGGCGUCUGCUUUUGGCAUUGAUAAAUCUUCAACCUGCAAAACAGUUGCCGUAAAAAUGCUGAAAGCAGAAUGUGCAACUACUAAUGAAUGCAAGGCUUUAAUGUCUGAGCUGAAGAUCCUCAUCCAUAUAGGACAUCACCUGAAUGUGGUCAACCUGCUGGGAGCCUGCACCAAAGCUGGAGGUCCUUUAAUGGUCAUAGUGGAAUAUUGCAAAUAUGGAAAUCUGUCCAACUAUCUCAGAGGAAAACGAGGAGAUUUCAUUGCAUACAAGUCCCAGGAAAACUCUGACCAAGCAGAGAAAAGUCUGGAUGAGUCCAACAGUGAUUUGACUGAACUGAUCAAGAGGCGCCUCGAGAGUGUGGCCAGCACAGGCAGCUCUGCCAGCUCUGGAUUUAUUGAAGAUAAGAGUUACAGCGACUCAGAAGAUGAUGAAGAAGAUGCUGAGGAUCUGUACAAGAGGCCCCUGACUCUGGAGGAUCUGAUUUGCUACAGCUUCCAGGUGGCAAAAGGCAUGGAGUUCCUCGCCUCCCGAAAAUGCAUCCAUCGGGAUUUGGCAGCGAGGAACAUCCUCCUGUCCGAGAACAACGUGGUCAAGAUCUGUGACUUCGGCCUGGCCAGGGAUAUUUACAAAGACCCUGACUACGUACGGAAGGGAGAUGCACGGCUUCCACUCAAGUGGAUGGCUCCAGAAGCUAUUUUUGACAAAAUUUACACCACACAGAGUGACGUGUGGUCUUUUGGAGUGCUGCUGUGGGAAAUAUUUUCUCUAGGUGCCUCUCCGUACCCUGGAGUGCAGAUAGAUGAGGAUUUCUGCCGGCGGCUCAAGGAAGGGACUCGGAUGAGAUCUCCAGAGUAUUCCACUCCUGAAGUCUACCAGACAAUGCUGGAUUGCUGGCAUGGAGUCCCCACGGAGAGGCCAACUUUCACCGAGCUUGUGGAGCGCCUGGGGGAUCUUCUUCAGGCCAACGUGCAGCAGGAUGGCAAAGACUAUAUUCCACUGAACAUCACCUUGUGUCCAGACGGAGAAUCCAACUGCAAAACCUGCCCUGUGGAAGAAAACCUGAACAACGGAGUGAAUCGCUGGAGUGCAGUGGAAACUGGCAACAACAGCAAGAAGAGACCCCUGAGUGUGAAGACAUUUGAUGAGGUGCCGGUGGAAAAGGAGAAAGUGAUGCAUGAGGAGUCAGACAGUGGGAUGGUGCUGACGUCGGAUGAGAUUAAAAGCCCCAAGAGGUUGGAAAUCCGUUCCUGGCCCUAUGGGAUCAUGGCUCUGGCGCGGAGAGCUGUGAGCAGGAGCAAGGAAUCCAUCCUAUCUGACCACGAGACAGUCAAGUACCAGCCAGCAAUGCAGGUGGAAGAGGACACCAUGGACUUCCCCCUGGAAGACUCUGUCCUGCUCCCUAUGGAUCCCAACCUGGAAUGCCACAGCCCUCCUCCGGAUUACAACUCCGUCAUCCACUACUCGGCCCCCCCAGUGUAACCAGUGCCCCCAGCACAGGUUGCACCUCAGCCUUGCCAGGUUCUCCUGUGCCUCCGGGGAGCCUGGGUAAAACAGAAGGGAAUUCUGCCAGGAUAAUGCUUCACUUGUUUCUUCUGGCACAUCUCGGAUGUGAUUAGAAACAAUUUAAGGGCAUCUUCUCUCUUCUCUUUAAAGGCCUAUUGCAAGAUCUGCAGUGAAUUAAUGACAUUCUGUCUGUCAGAGUCACAGUAGGAGCUGUAACCCUGAACUGCUGCCACUCCUUGCCCCUGGCUGGGGCUGCUCAUUGGCACUGGCAGAUCCACAGGUUCCUGCAUUCGCACUUCACUCCAUCAGGGUCAUGCCAAGCUGGUUGGGAACACAAGAUUCAAGCUCCUGGCCCUGCACACAUCCUGCAGGGACUGGUUAGGAUAUUUUGAAAUCCAAGAUAUUUUGGUUGCAAUUUGGAUUUAAUAAUUUCCACUGCCCAGAGGAUACACUCCUAAAGAUGGUAUGGCCCAAAGCAAGCUGGGAGUACCUGUGUGCCUGCUCUGUUGGGCCAGCAGGACACACAGUGUGGUUAAAUCUGAUCCCCUGGGCUUCCCCCUUGUUCAAACAGCAGUUUAUUCAGCAGACAUGCAAUAGGGAACCUUGCUGGAGAUGCAUCUGUGAUGGUUGCAAGACAAAAUCACUGCCUUAAAUAAGAACCUUCUUAACUCAAACAGAAUUUCCCGGCUGACAUGCACACGUUUGCUUAAAUGUGCAGAAAACUCAUUACCAGCAUGAGAGUUACACAAAAACUCACACACACCCUUGAGGCACCAGCAAGGCAGCAGCAUUUUUAUGUUUCCUUUCUGCACACAGGCUAUUUACUAAAGCAACACACAAAAAAAGCAUUUCCUCUGGAUUCUGUGGUGGGUGCCCAAGGGUUUGACCCUGGCGAUACUGGCCCGUGCUAAGCAAGCCCAUGUGACAUGCAUUUAUCUCUGACUGUCUUGCCAAGGUACAUACUGCUAUCACAUUCAAAUCCCUUCCUGGGGUCAGGGUAAUUCAAAGCUUUUGUUGCAGCAGGACUGAAAGGAUCACAAAUUCUCACAUGUGAGAGAUUCAUGGGAAAGCUCUCCAGGCUGCAAGUAGAAAAAGCCAGGACGAGCAAGAUGUUCAUUGGCAGCGAGGGCUGUAACCUCCUGAGUUACAAACUGACCUAUAAGUGGCUCCCUGUGCAGUUUCCUCCAAGCUCUGCACAGCCCUUCCCUUUCCUUCCUUGAUUUGACUUCUUCAGCGGAAAAAGAAUUUUUCUUCAUGAUUCAGACUAGAGGGGGAUGAAAUCCAACCCUUGCAAAAUGAUGAUGUUACCUUGGCAAAGACAGCUGCACACCCUCGCAGCAGCGAAGGAAGCUUUUCUGGAUGAGUGCUUGCAGUGGGCUACGCUGGAGGAAUCACAAACAAGCCUCAGGUAUUAUCAAAGGGGAAAACAAAUCUCCAAACCCCACACCACGUUAACUGUGAAUGCUCAAGCAUCUGAAGGAUGGGUUCUGGGGAACUGCACUGCUCCUUCUCCUUGACUUCAAAGUCACUUAUUAAUCACCUGCAGUCCCUCCAGAGCCCCCUGCUCAUAGUGCACCUGUAGAUAGGUGUGGGCUGUAGUUGCUUUAUGGUCAUUUUGCACUGCUUUGUAUUUUAGUACCUAUGUAUUAAGUAGAGCUGGUCAUAGAAGAGAAGAAACUACUGGGAAAGAAUUCUGAUGAGCCCCAGAAAGCUCAUUGGAUCAGUUUUUCAUCAAACACUUAUUAGUUACCUAUAGUUCUGAUCAAGUAAUCAAUCAGUUCUUGUGGAAAUAAAUUAUUGAUGAGGCAAAGGAAAAGCAGGUGCAGACAGUGUGUGUGGCUCUGCUGUCGAUGGCAUCAGCUGGCUACUCAGUUGGCCUCAGUUUGUUACUGCACCUUGAGCUGGAGGGUGAGAAAAGGGCGCUGAAAAACCUUCACUUAUGAACUUGGAAAUGUAGGAACAAAACCUGCACGUGUGCUCUGUGCUUUGUGGAAGAAUGGGGAACUCUGCUGGGUGAGCUGAGCACAUGGCCUCCCCCUCUCUGAAGGAUGAGCUGCAGGGGUUUCUCCGAGGAGCGCGUUUGGGGAGCAGAGCCCAGCGGACUGUGGGGAGCCAGGGCCCUUCUGGCUCUCAGUAACAAACAUCAGCCUUUCUGUGCCACCUGAGGUGGUGAAACAGGGCACAGGCUCGAGAUGUUUAAACCCCUGGUUGCACUGACAGCCCCCAAAUCUGAGGGCUCCUCUGCAGUGGCAGAAUCGAGAAUGUCCUGAGCAGAUCCGAGUGUCCAGCGAUGGAAGGGACUGACUGAUGUUUGGGCAGCUGUUUCCAAUGUUUAUUUUGAGUGGAAGAUAUUUUCCUCCUUAUAGUAAAUGUAACAAGCAAAAGUAUUGCCUGAAAAGUAUUAUUGAACAUAUUUUCUAUUUUAUUUACUAAUAUUUUGUUUGUCCUUCUCUCGCCUCCCUUAAUUUAAUUAUUGUUCUCUUCUUCCAACGAUGUAUAUAGUGUACCCCCUAGCAACAAAUAUAGUGAUUCAUUUAUAUGGUCAAAUUUGUAACAUUUUAGUCUAAAGAGAAAGAGAUACCCACAUGUAACAGAGUUAAGUAUUGUACUAAACAUUUCACUAAUGCUUGCAGGCCAGGCUCCAGUUUACAGUGCCCCACUAGUGCCACGGCACAGCAGCUCUCUUGGCUGUGUCUCUCUGCCUCUCAAUUACUCUCCUCGUUAUUUAGUUUCAGUUAGGAAACAGGAAUCUGGAAGAAUUUGGCAGGUUUAUCUCGUUCCUGGAAGUGUCACCAUGUGCAGCUCAUGUUAAAGGUGAGGGAUUUCCACUGCCUGGGUUUUAAUUGGAGGCUGGUGGAUUGGCUAGAGGAUCAGAAGGGGUAAACUGUUUAAAUGAUGUGAUGUUUAUUAUUUUUUCAGACGUCUCAGGGAUUCUUACUCAACUCCUGUCUGCCAGCUGCUUUCUCUAACCUGAGCUCAGUGGGAUCUGUAUUAACAUGAACCUUCGUUUCCUUUGUUUGGUGCUCCCUCCUACUGGUUUUGUGCUCUUGGAAGCCCAGAGAAUCGGGGCAGAGGAGCUCAGAGCUCUCCAUGGAAUUGUGUUGCCUCCUCUCCAUCACCUCCCACUUAGGUGUCCAAGUGCCUUCACCUGCAUGUCCAGGCUGGUGUUUGUAACAAUCUCCUGUCUCCUAUUUUCUCUGCUUUUCAUCUGUUUCUUGAUAUUUGCCCUCCCAGGCCCUUUGGAUUGCUUUGCUCUGCCUUUUCCUUAAGAUCAGGUGUAGGAUGGUUUGACUGCUGUUUAACCUGUGCUUGCAGGGGCUGAACUAGAUAACCUAAAGCGUUUUUCACAUUCAGUACUCACUAUAUAGCCAUGGAAAACUAGUUUAUAUUAGUUUGUCUGGAAGUCUCUUUGUGUCCUUCCCUGAACAGGAGAAGCUUUUUAAUCUACUGAUUUUUCAAUAUUGGUGUCUGGAGCAAAAUGAAGGCUGGUGACUGUGUGAAUCUGAUCUUUCCCAGCGUCCCUUCCUCAAACAAUGAGGUUUCUGCAAGGUUCUCCCAAGUUAUCCUCACAAGAAGGGGGUUCCAGGCAGGAUGCUGAGCCCACAGUAUCCUCUUGGGAUAUCAAGGAAUUCAGAUAAAACUCAAAGUCUGAGUAACGGUGUUAAACAAACCCCUGACUGCUGCAGGUGAACACAUUUAGGGCUCCUGCAGACCCCAGCUGCUCUGCUUGACAUCCACUGACACAAACCCUCUCUCCAGUCACCUGCUUGGCAAAUGCCCAGGAUAGCCCAGAGUAUCCAGGUGUUUCUCUCAUUGGAUUUGCUCUCCUGUACACUGCAGGUGUACUGGAACUGGCCAGGCAACCACUUGUGAUUUAUCUCCUCACUGAUCCUUCACAUCCUGUCUCACUUUGCAGAUUCCAUCUGGCCUCUCCCAGCUCUGGGGAUGUGGGCUGGGCUCCAGGAUCCCUAAAUCCCACCAGCACCAACUGGGCACACCAGGAGCUGUUUGCAAGCAAAUAGCUACAGGGCAAGAUAAGCGUUAUCAGGUUUCCCUGAAUGCAGGAGUUGCUCAGGAUCAGUAUCAUACUCACAGAUCAGCCUGGAGUUUUUUCUUAUCAUACAGUAAAUAAAAACCACAAAAGGCAGCAAUAAUUCUUUUCUCCUUCCCUGAAAAUGCAAUGGCCAAAUGCUGGGAUCCAUUUUCCUGGGUUUUUGCUACAUCACAAAAGAACAGAAAGAAUUUUGCCAAAGUCAUGGCACCAGCACCAUCUUGCACAAGUAAAAUUCAGGGAGGAGUUUGGGAUUUGACCCUCUCAGGAGUCAGGCAGUGUACAGGGGACUGUGGAAGUGUUGUGCCCAAGCACUGGGUGGUUUGUUUGACAUUGUUAUUUCCAUAUUUUGUGAAUAUAGAAUGGGAAGCUUGGCCUGAGUCAGUUGGGACCACAAGGGUUACAGGGAGACCAGUGUGGGAUGCACUGAGCAGCAUCCUGUUCUCCUGGUAGUACUCAAUUCAUUUUUCCUUAGACCUUGAGUUGUCAAAGCAGCCACUGAAAACUGGGAAAAAACCAGUAACUUGGGACCUACAGAAAUAAACUAAGGAAAACUGGGAAAAGCCAGGAACUUGGGACUUACAGAAAUAAACCAAGAGCCAUGUUCAAACCACCAAGGAAUGUUUGUCUGCCAUGUUCCUGUCUGUCUGAAGAAUGUAUGCACUGAAAACAAUGCUUUCUUAUGUAGUCAAAAAUUGUACUGUAUCUAUUAACCAAAAAAAUAAAAAGAUUCUAUAUUUAUACA